AAACUACAAACGAAUUGCCAAUUUAUAAAGUUUACACCCGUGCUUUUGCGGCGCUUCUGGUUUCGUCUACAAUUUUACAUUACAAUAAUUCCUCCAGAAUUAACUAUAUUUUAAGAAGAUAACCACCAUCGUCUUCUUAAUCUGCCAAGUUUGCAGAUUAUUGUAACACAAGAACCUAGUUAUUUUGGUUUAAUCCCUAAAUCAUCAGGAAUGGUAAUGGAGGCCCCGCCAUCACCACAAAGUGUUGGCCGUGAAUUUGUACGGCAAUACUACACACUUCUUAACAAAGCCCCUACACAUCUCCACAGGUUCUAUAAUCACCAAUCGUCGUUUGUCCAUGGAGGUUUGGACCCUCCAAAUCGCGAGACAAGUCCCGUCAUCGGUCAAAAGCAAAUACACCAAAAAAUACAACAGCUGAAUUUCCGCGAUUGUCAUGCCAAAAUCACUCAGGUGGAUUCGCAGGCCACGUUGGGAAAUGGCGUUGUCGUGCAGGUAACCGGCGAGCUAUCGAACGCCGGUCAGCCGAUGCGUCGUUUCACUCAAACGUUUGUCUUGGCCGCACAGAGUCCUAAGAAGUACUAUGUGCACAACGAUAUCUUUCGCUAUCAAGAUGAAAUCAUCUCCGAUGAGGACUGCGAUGGAGAUGUCCGCUCCGAUCCCGGUGAGGACAUCAACUCCGACAGACCCGUUUUAGGAGACGUACCUCAAAUGUCGCCUCAAGGUCUACCUCCUUAUUUCCCGAGCGCUGCUCUUCAAGGAAACCUUCCGCAGGUCGCCCCUCACCUCCACAGUGCUCCGCCCCACGUCUUAACUUCCCAAGUGCCCACAGUGAAUGGAGCUGUUCACCCUGACGACCUCAGCGUCCUCGGGGGUCCGGUUCCCCAACCUCUCGGCCCACCCCUACCUCAGCCUCUGCAACAAACUGGUCUCGUGCAAUCGUUAAACCCGCCGCCAGCUCAGAUUGAAGAACCUGCGGUUCUCGACGAACCCGUCGAAGAGCCAGAGGAGCCGCCAGUCUAUGAUGAAGGUUUUGCCGCUGAACAAGAACCGGAGUUACCCGUCGAAUCUGCCUCUAACGAACCUAAAACAUGGGCCAAUUUGCUCAAGUCCCCUUCAGAUAAGAGCAGCAGCAUGCCAUAUGGCAGUCUACCGGCUCAGUCAAAUCCCUUGCCAAUGUCGCAACCAAUGAGGCCCACUUCACCACCUUCGGGAAACCAAGGUUUGGGUCUUAGGAACAAUUCAAACAGAAGUGGUCCUAGAACCAACCAACAACAACAACAACCCCGCGUACCCAGACAAGAUUCCGGAAGGGGCCUUCCUGGUAGAAACUCUAUGAAUGAAGAAGGCGAGGAAAGGAGGAGACCACAGGGUAUGAACUUUAGCAAUGAUGUGAACCAGCUGUUUUUGGGCAAUUUGCCGCACUCGGCCACAGAAGAUGACUUGAGGGAGAUCUUCGCCGAAUUCGGGACGGUUGUGGACUUGAAGGUGCACAGCAAACCCAACAACAAAAUGAGCAUCCCUCCAGGUGGCAGAGCUCCACCAAAUUACGGAUUUAUUACCUAUGAUUCGCAACAAGGCGUGCAGAACUGCUUGAGUCACAAACCAAUCUUUUUCCCGAAAAACGACAAGACUGGCACCCUCUUGAACGUUGAGGAGAAGAAGCUCAAGGACCGGCCAUCGUACGGCGGCGGCAGGCCAAACAGCGACCAGAACCGCGGCCCUCGCGGCGACAACAACGGACAGAGGCGUGGAGGCGGCGGCGGCGGGCUCAGUGGCGGACCACCGCGUAACAACGGCGGUCUUAACGGCCCCAACAAUCGCACUUACAACAACCGAGGUGGUGGUGGCGGCGGCGGCCCCGGUGGCCCUAUGAGCCGCCCCAACACCUAUAACAACCGUCGCUAGCGGUUGCUCUUCGGCUUAAGGCCGUCGUUUUUCUUUCUGCCGCCUGUAGACAAAAAAAGUCACAAUAACACAAUAAAAACAAAAAUCUAAGAACGUUUUUCGCGUUAAAACACGGACUACCUACAGUGCGUACGACGUUGUACAGUUUUUUCUUUUUUCGAGUCUGAGAAGCGGAACCGUUUUUGUAUAAUUAGUGCCAAUAGCGGACUUGUUUAGCUGUGGUGUAUUUCAUUUCAAACCUAUUUUUAGUCAAAACAAAAAACAAACUAAAAAAAUCGAAAAUUUUGUAUCAGUACAAAUUUAGAACCCACUAAACGUAAAAAUUGACACUAUUGACAACGUUUAUUUUUCUCCACAAUCAUUCAUAUUUGCCUUUGAAAUGGUGUUGCUCACAUUCAAUGUUUUUGAUCUUAAGCGAGCGACGUGAUCCCCUGGAAAUAAAGGAGAUAACAUCGACGCAGUUGUGUGUUUAAGUACUUAUUGGCUGUGUUUUGUAAUAUUUAGGUAUCCCUCUGACAUUUCAGAAUGUUUAGCAACACAAUUUUAUUGGAAAAAUAAACCACUGUCUUAUGCUAGUUAAUUGAUCUAAAUAAACCCACCCAAACAAAUGGUUUGAUUUUGAAUAUGUGUAUUUAUUUAGCUGGUCAUCACCUGCAGGUUCAACCUUUUUUUUACCAAUUGUAAUUUUAUAUUUUAUUACAUGUAGUGUUUAUUGUAACACGAUUUGAAAACUAGAAACUACUUCCAAUAUUUUAUUUUUGUCUUGGUGCAUAAGACCCCUUAACAAUAGACUUUCAAUAAUUAUUAGUUUUUUUAUUCAGUAUUUUGUGUCAGCACUAUAAAAUACAAAUGUUUGCAAUUGUUUUAAAACAGUUGGUAAAGGUAAGUAUUUUGUCUCCAAUAACUCCAAUUACUUUGAUUUUUCACGUGCUGGGUGAACUUUUGUCAAUUAUAAUGUGCACAAAUUGCCUUUACUUUGCGAAAUCGUUUAAAAAUUAACGUUCAUGUAUUUUUCAUUUAAAUAAAAUAGAACAGUAAUAAAUACUACUACUUUGGUGACUAUAAAUUAUUAAACAUGCAAUAAUCCAAAAUUAAAGUUCUUAAGAUGAGGUUGUGCAAAAACUUGAUACUCUAAGUAAUUUGUUUCAUUUACUUUUACCUUGUUCCUAUUUUACAGCUCACAAUAACCGUUUUAAUGCUACAAGAAUGUUCUUUUAUUUAUUUGAUAGCUGAAGGUAUGUUCAAGAUAAAAUUAAAUGAAAAUGAAGGCUGAAAUUGUUCGUAUGAUAAUAUUUGCAAUUAAAUGUAUGAGAGUAUUUUUUAAUUUUUAUAUGUACCUACCGCCUUUAUGUGAAUAAGUGGAAUUAUAAUUACUGGCUUAGUCUAAAAUAAACUGCGUCUUGAGUUAAUUGAAACUUUCAUGACACAUUUUUACUUUUUUAAGCUCUAGACGCUGAGAUUUUGUAAAUUAAAUUAUUAACUUUAGACACAGUUUUAAAAUGUAUUUGGUAUUACUUAUUAAUGUUUUCUGUUUUUGAUGUUUUUCCUGUGAUAACUUUUCCCUAAACACCGAAAUAAUACAAUAAUUGCUGUUACUUUAUUAUUAGUGGUGUAUUCAGUAGUUAAUUCAUAUCUAUCUACAAUAGAAAUUUUUAGAGUCGCUCCACCUUGGUUUUUAAUUUUAGUGCGCAGUAUAACACUGCCUAUACCUAAAUACCAAAGUUCUUCCUUAAAACAAAGACUUGGCAGGUUCCACUAGUCACAAAAAUGUUUCAGUUUAAUUUUUUCUCAGUUUUUUCGUUCCUGUAUUUGUCAUACUGUUAUAUAAGGAACAUUAAAGUAACUUGUUGAUUAAAUAAAGCAUUUUAUUUCAAAAUAAUGAAUGCCAAUAGUUACUAAUUUUCAUUUUUAUAUGCAGGGUAAGCAGCAUGCAAUAAAAUAAAAAAUGACAAAUUGAAGUUUCUUUUAAAUUAUAUCCUUUUUAUAUUUUAAAGCAGAAAUAAUCCAUGUGUUGAUAUUAUUGUUCUGCAGACACAGAAAUAUUGGUCAUAUCCAUAAACCUCGUCGAAAUAUUUUCUAUUUUGUCUUUUAAUUAAAUAGCCAAAUGUUGUUCGGGAGUUCCGCACAUGGAGUCGACCAUGAUUAAGAUGCUGGAUCUUUCAUCUCGCUUGGGUUCGUUCUUUAAGGCCGCAGCAGCAGUGGAUUUUCAUUUUUGUUCACUUUCGACAUUCAGUUGCAGUUUGAGUGCGUUAGAGGCGACAGCGACUGGUUUAAAAAGCCAGCAAAAUGAAAGGUCUACAGCUUGCAUCACUUGUGGUGUUUGCCCUUUUAAUAAUCGAUGUAACAUCAGAAAAAGUGAGAAAGCACAAAAAAGUUAAAGCUCAUCAUAAACUAGAAUCAAAGGAGGUAAAAGAUGAUAUUAAUCUUAAGGCUGAAAUUCCUCCAGAUGUGGAUGUAGAAGUUAUUGACAAUAGAGUUCCAAUAGUUGAUCCAUGUUUAAACGUACACUGCGGCGCCGGCAGCAUCUGCGAAACCGACUCCGAAGGUGAACCCCAGUGCGUCUGUAUCCCUGAAUGUCCAGUGGAAGUCGAGGACCGCCGUCAGGUUUGCUCCAACCACAACGAAACCUGGACAUCUGACUGCGCCAUCUAUCAACACAGAUGUUUGUGCAAGAACGGCGACCCGCAAUGCAAAGGGGAACAUUACAAGCACGUCCACAUCGAGUACUACGGUGCUUGCAGAGAAAUGCCAGAAUGCAACAAAGACGAAAUGGCAGAUUUCCCACGCAGAAUGCGCGACUGGCUUUUCAACAUUAUGCGCGAUAUGGCCGAUCGUCAAGAAUUGAACAGGCACUACUUGAAAAUGGAACGCGAAGCUGAAAAUAAUAUGACCCGUCGUUGGGCUAACGCAGCCAUCUGGAAAUUCUGUGAAUUAGAUGGAAAUCCACCAGACAGAUCAAUUUCCCGUCACGAAUUGUUCCCAAUUCGUGCCCCUCUCAUGUCUUUGGAACAUUGUAUUGGUCCAUUUUUAAACUCUUGUGAUAACGAUAACAAUCACAAAAUUACCAUUAAAGAAUGGGCUGCAUGCUUGGAACUUGAACAGGAGGAAAUUGAAGACAAAUGUCACGAAUUGAUGGAUGAUGAUGAUGAUGAAGAAAAAGAAGAAAAUGAACAAUAAUUUUAAUUUUUAAUUAAAUAAUUAUUGUAAAAAUUAGUUUAAGUUAUUGUAAAUGCAGAAUGACCUGGUGCUAUUUUUAAUGUUUAUUUUAUAAAAUAUUACUUUAGUAAUUAAAAUGUUAUAAACAAAUACUUAACACUGCCUUAAUUUGUGUAUUUUAAAUAAUAAAAAUAUAUUUU